AUCCCUGGGAGUUGUAGUCUUUAGAAGUAGAGUGAAACAAAGAGCUUUGCAGGCGGAGACUACAAUCCCAGGAGCCUUUGGGCAUACCUGGAAAAGGCAGCCACUUCCUGAAAAGCCGAGAGUGCAAAAGCGUAUUGUCAACCAGAGGGGGCUGAGAGAUUUUGAUGUCCCCAAAUUAAGUGCAUCGCGCGUAGGAAGUGGAUCUAUUAGAAUCUAUUAAAUCAUUGUCUUACUCUCAAGAGUUCCCCUGUUCCUGAUUUGGUUACAUCUCUUGGCGUCUUCGCUGGCUGAGAUGGGUUGCCGUGAUGUCCAUGCUGCAACAGUCCUGGCCUUCCUUUCUGGAACAGCUGCCUUAUCAGGACUCAUUGCUGCAGCUCUUCUGCCUAACUGGAGACAAAUGCGACUCUACACCUUUAACAAAAAUGAAAAGAAUGUGACUGUUUACACUGGGCUCUGGAUUAAGUGUGUUCGCUUUGAUGGGAGCAAAGACUGUGUCAUCUAUGAUACUGAGUGGUACACAGCAAUUGAUCAGUUGGAUUUACGUGUUCUCCAGUUUGCUCUCCCUAUUAGCAUGUUAACUACUGUCUUGGCUCUGUUUCUGUGUUUGAUUGGCAUGUGUAAUACAGCCUUCAUAUCUACUGUGCCCAACAUCAAGCAGGCCAGAUGUCUCAUAAAUAGUGCAGGUUGCCAUCUUGUGGCCGGCCUCUUCUUUCUCCUUGCAUGUGUCAUUUGCUUGACACCAUCUGUCUGGGUCAUCUUUCAUAAUCAAGAACUGAACAAAAAAUAUGAGCCUGUUUUUACCUUUGACAUCUCGGUGUUUAUUGCCAUUGCCAGUGCAGGAGGCUUGUUGUUUACAGCCAUUCUCUUAUUCCUGUGGUAUUGUGCAUGCAAAACACUUCCUUCCCCUUUCUGGCAGCCUCUGUAUUCGCAUGCACCCAGUGUACAUAGUUAUGCCUCCCAACCAUAUUCUGCACGAUCACGCCACUCUGCCAUUGAAAUUGACAUCCCUGUUGUUACACACACAAGCUAAAGAAUGCGUUGGACAAGUCAAGCACCUGUUUGCCAAGGCACUGCAGGUCAAGUGGUUUUUCUAUUACCUUGGAGGCAUAUAUAAAUAUUUUACAAAGGGUGUGUGGAAAGAAUUGCCAUUGUAACUUGAUGGCUUUUAUAACUUCUCUGUCUAAGAUGACUAAAGAUAGGAAUGUAAUUAGAUAGGCAAGCCAAAAUAUUAGAAGUCUUGAAGCUCUUCACAAGUUUCUAAGUUCCAUCAAAACUGAUGGUGAUUGAAUUAAAGUUUGGGACCUUUUUGCUUUUUUAUAUAUUUCAGACUACUUUUUAGUCCAAAUGUUCACCAAAUCUAAAAUACCUGGAUUUUAAUGAUAUCACAACGGUUUUGUAUUUUUUUGUUUAUUUAGAAAAUAUUUAUUUUGUUCAAUUAUGAAAAAAAUAAUCUUUAAUCAAAGAAAAAAGAGAAAUAUAUAUAUAGCAUAAUUCAGUAUAUCAAAAACUGAAAGAGUGAACAUGAGUGCUGCUUGUGACUUUCCAGAAAACUUUCACCUAAUUUAAAACACCUGGAUUUUAAUCAUAUCAUCACUGAUAGCCAUUUUGUAUUUUUUGAGAAUGAUACAUUUGUAUAUCGUGCUUCCUCUGCUUGUACAGAAACAACCAUUUAAUUCUCUGUGCAUUACUAGAGCAGAACUUGAGAGAAUGAAUUUUGGACUCUUGCAUUUUACCAAACUGCAGAGCUGAAGUUGAUGGACAAAUUCAGUCCUGUUCCAAUUCUCAUUUUCCAUUGUCCAUACACAAAAACAAUCUGUUUGUGAACAUCACAGAACUAUAGUUAGACUGCUUCUUCAUGUCUGUGAAAACGAGCUGUAGAAGAUCAAUACAAAAUUUUCUGCAUAGCAAUAGACAGUGCUUUAUAAUACAGCUUUUAUUCCAUAGAAAAUAAUUCUUUAGAGCUACAUCUUUGAAAUAUAUAAUCUAUUUAUAGUUGAAAUUUAUACAAUACAAAACCAAUAAAUUAGCCUCAGGAUUAUAUAAGUGCCCAAAUAAUCUGAAGUCUAGAUUAAUGAGAAUGCUAUUUUAUUUAAACAUAUAGUUCCAUUGCGCUCUGUAGGAUAUUUGUCAAUAACAGAUUUUUGGAUAAACCAGAAUUCCUUUUCCUGCAUUGUUUUAAUACAGAUUUUAAAACUUUUUAAGUUACAGUUAAAUCUACUGUACCAUUGUUUAUCAAUGCCCUCCAAAUUUUAGAUUAUAUUACUGAAUCAGGAUUACUUUUAUGAUUUGCUGUAUUGCAAAUGAACUCCUGAAUGCCACUUUUAGAAUUAAUUAUGACAGUGACCUCAGAGUAUUUUUAUACAAAUAAUCUUGAAUAUGAGAUUAUUUUCAAAGGCAGUGUUUGACUUUAUUUUUUUAAGGACUUCUAGUGCUUUUCUUACAGGCCAGUCUUUUACAUCUUUUGACCUCACUAUUAUUUUUUCUUUGUUGGACAUAAAAGAUUGUUUGUUGUUUUGAGGUAAUUUUUUCCAUUAUGCUUUCUGAAUAAUGAAAAACACUAACAGGCUUGAGCUAUCAAAGCUUCUUUUUUUUAGUAAUCACAAAUAUGGAGCAUGUAGUCUGAUCUAUUCUUUUAAAAAAAAGACUCCACAAAAGGUUCUGAAUAUACUCCCGAAACCAAACUUCACCCUCUGAAGCAAGUCUUGGCUUUUUCAGUUUGUUGAGACUAUAUUUUCUUAAGUAGUUACGCAAGUGUAAGUUCUCCCUAUAAAUGGAAUGCUGAUAAGUGCUUUGUUUUCAUUAGGUAUAUUUUUACAUCUUUCUGAAUGGCUGCCUUUCUUCAAACAGCAGAAGCUUCAGUUGAAGAAAGCUAAAGAUCUUGCUUUGCAGUUUGUAUUUCUCUUAACCAAAUUUCUUUGAAGUGUUCCAUUUUGAUGUUUACCAUGUUUGAAAUUCUAGGUGGAUCAAUCUGAGUCACUGGAGGAUUUUGUUUUGAUUCAGUGAUUCACUGAACCAUUGGGUAUUUUGAAGUCUAUGGGGAUAGGAAUUGUGGUGUUUUAUUUGUUUCUUUACAGGUUAAAUUUGAACGCUUCAAUAAGUGCUUUGUAUUUGCAGUAUGCAAAAAUUCUUCACAUGAAUUUUUCUUCAAAUUCUCAAGUUCAUGUGAAUGAUGAACAGAUAUUGUUCCCAAUGUAUGAGGCAGGCCUUAACUGGCAUGUACAGUAAUUGACAAAGGUGUAAUAUUGAUAAUGCUAGAAUAUGGAAUAAUUUGCAUUUUAUUCCCUCUUCCAUGUAGGGGCUAAGAAUCCACUCACUUGUCUUGCGGAAGAUUAUGUGAUGCUUUCAUAGCCCUUUGAAACUUAUAAACAUGUUAUGCAGUUUUGAUCACUUCCUUUCCUUCUGAGGUACCAGUUCUUGUUUAAUAUUGGGUUGUACCCAGUGGCUGUACAAUUGGAAGGCAGCUUGAACAACCAAUUUCCCUUCCCGUGAAGCCCCCUCUACCCAUAAAAAGCCUCUCCAGAAUAUCAGAGGGCCCUUUGGAACAGCUUGGGUUGUGUCAUCAAGAACUGCAACAUGAAGGGGAAAUUGACUGAAAUCGGACAGAGUGAUCUUGUCCCAACAGAGCCCGGCUCUGUGCAAGGUUUCUCUGUCCAGUUUCAUAUGAUUCCCCCUUUGCACUGAGGUUCUGUGAGAUGCCACUGAGGUUCUGUGAAAGCAACACCCUAAGCUAUAUCUGGAACUUAAAGCAGUGCUGCAAGGGUGAGAGUUCCCACCAUACAUGCUUAAAGCAGCUUUCUAGAUUGUGGAUAAUGUAUUUAAAUAUCUGAAUAUGAAUGAUGGGGAGUGCUUCAAAGGUGGGAGUACUUCUGGUUGAUCGGGUCAUGAUUCCACAUGUGGUGGUUUUGUAUUAAAGCCAUGUGCUACAGGAGCUUAUUCUAGAUGUUGGUAUUUUCAAAAUAGUAACUUCUUUUCUGGUUUUGAGUUCUGUGUUUGGGUUAAUGUUUUAUUUUUGAUUGAUACUAAAGGCACAACAAGCCAAAUGUAUUAGCUGUUGCCGAUUCUUCUUUAAUGAAAGGUUUAUUAAAAAAAAUCUUUUAAAAAUUCUGAUCCUGCUUCUGUAUGCAAAAGCCGAUGGAUUUUAAAUUGAGUUUAAUUGUAAGCUCGCUCUUGAACUUUAUCUUGUUUAGCUUGUACAAACAGAACAAUGUGAAUUUCAGCCUUUGUUACAUAAAACCAUUUCUCUACUUCUGUUCUUGUGUUUAGUAUGCAUAUGCACCUUUUUCUUCAGUUGCCUACUGUAGAAUUCUGGUUUUGACUUUUAGAUAUGUUUGGUUAUGGUUUAAAUUUUUAUGUAAAAUAAAGGAUGUAUUUUUAAUUAUAAA